GUCGCUUCCACUCGCUCAAGUCCAGUCUCCCCCAUCCGGCCCUCUCCUCCUCCGCCUACCGCUCUCACCACCGACUUUCUUGCGCUCGCCUGUCGCUGGACAUCCAUCCUGUCUCUGCAGUGGCUGAAGUCAUGAGAAUCACUUCUUUUCCAGAGAGACACUGUGGAUUCCGCCCAUACCUUCGCAGAUUAACCUAGCACCACGCUCGCCGCUGCGCCAGCCAUCUCGACGCCCCUAGUUGUCCUCUCAACCACCGCGUCGCAUUUUUCCUCCCCUUGUCGGAACACCCUCAUCUCUUCAGCUUCUGCCCAGCUCUUGACAAUUGAGCACCAGCAGGACUCUUGGGGCACUACAUUGUGCUAUCACCCUCUCUCAGAGCUCGCUCUCGGAUCUGUCGUCCCUCGGCCCGGCACCGACAUCUUCUCUCCAGCAGACGCGACACCCUUUGCUGGAGAGCACCCUGCCUCGAGAACCGAGUAUUCUGUUGAGCCCGACAGAUAUCUGGGUGCAUUUCUACACUACUAUCCUUCGGCUUCAGUAUUUUGAGCCCUACUGGCAGAAUCACAUCACGACAGACUGUGUCGCGCUUCGCCCAUUUUUGCACCAACGGUGGUGCGAACAUUACCUCGACCUUUCCACCCAUUUUGGCCGAAUCGUCCACAUAAACCUCGACAGACUCGAACAUUCUCGUAAUCACCCGAUCUCGACGUCUACAUAACUAUUCGAUACGAGACUUGAACUUUCAGAAAUCCUGUCGGUCAGUCUUGGUCGUCAGAUCUCGUGUCGCUAGGGCAUCCCCGAUUAAGCGCCGCUUGCCCACACACUCGCGCACCCCUUCGCGCACCCCUUACACCUGCGUACAGGCCUGCAGCUCGAUUACACUCUCGCAUUUUUACUGCCCCUCUCGGAGCGGCUUCACGUGGCAAGCAAUGGCAGGACUCGAUCCCAGACGGUCUUCGAGGGCGCGCGCUACCCAGUCACAGUCACAAGUAUCCUCAUCGAGCUCCAGUGCCUCGGGCCGGCCGGAACGCAGCUCGAGGCACUUCAACAAAGCUGGCUCUCCACAAAAAUCGGCAUCCGCUGGCUCGCUCUCCUCUGAACCACCGGAAGAUACAAUCACUGCCGACGAUACAUUCGCCACACGCCGUCGAACCCGUGGACAGGGUGACGAUCGGGACAGACCUGGCGUCAAGGCCGAAGCGGCCGACAUGACCAGCGCCGACGAUGAUGUUCAAGAAGAGGACGAGGCCGUUCGCUGCGUGUGCGGCAACGAGGAGUACCCAGGGCCACCACCCCUGGAAGAUGAACCUAGACAUGGGGCCAAAGGGGCUGUUGACAUUGACCCAAUAUUCUUAGCUUCUGUCACGGAUGAUGUUGCCGGGUUUUUCGUGCAGUGUGAUGUUUGCAAAGUUUGGCAGCACGGCGGCUGCGUUGGAAUCAUGACCAAUCCCGGUCCCGAUGAGUACUUUUGCGAGCUCUGUCGCCGUGAUCUUCACAAAUUGUGGACAGCUUCCAACGGCUGUGCUCAACAGCUGAGCGCAGACCCGAGAUCAUGUUUCACCAGCUUGCACCAUCCCCGGGCGUUGGGAGGUCACAGUCCAUCAAUCAAUCAAGUUGCUGACAUCGUGGCUCGCAGGAAUACCUACUCUUUCUAUCUUCCCUUGCGGCGACAGUCGAGGACCUCGUCGAGAUCUGCGUCUCUGAACAAAGAAGGCACACGAUCGCCCACCAAAGAGAAGGAAACGCGAAGCGGACGAGCCACCUCGGCGAACCAAGCUUCGAAACGGCGGUCGACUAUGAACAGCCGCGAGGCUGCUUAUGACGAAGCGGAAGCUCUGAGAAGGGCCAUUGAGGCCAGCAAAGAGGAAGCUCAUCUCGAGCCCGAGGGCGUUCCUAGGCGGCCUAAGAGGGGGCGAAGCGACAGCGAGGAGAAGCAGGAGGGUGCCAAAAGGCAACGCACCAGCUCUCGAUCAGUGUCUCCAUCCGUCGACAAGACGGCCGACGAAUCGGACGAUCCCAAAGGUCCUAGUCGAAACGGGACCAAGUCAAAGCCGCGCGGCGGCGCACGCAAUAACCGGAACGAGAAGCUUUCCGAAAAGGAGGAAAAAGAAAGACAACGGCAAGAGGCUGCGAACAAGAGAAAGGGGAGGGCCGAACGUCGGCGAGCUGAUGAUUCAGAUCCUUCAGAAGAGCUGUCGUUGGCAGCUCGGGCCAUAGUCAGCAAAACGGCAGCACCAGUCACCGGAGACACGAGCACAAGCGAGACGGCCGCAGAGACUGUUCAGCAGCCCUCCGCCCCAGAACAGCAGCAGCCUCCUCCAGCAUCGCAACCGACCCCUGACUCACCGCCCACGCCUGCCAUAUCACAGACCAAGACGGACAAGAAAAAGUCGCACAAACGAAAAGGGCGCAACCAGUACACGCGCGAUGACGAAGCCUCGCCGGCACGGUCGGUUUCCCGAGAUAUCCAGAAAGACGAGCAUCCCCCGGCAGGAAAGGGGCACCACCACGGAGACGGCGUCGGAAAGGCGGCACACUCUCGAUCGCGAGGUGGGAUGAACAGCAAAGUCACGAUGAAUGACAUGAAGAGGAGGGCAGCGGCUUUGCUGGAAUUUAUCUCCAGAACACAGGUGGAACUUGCUGGAGAGACGGCAGAAGACGCAGCGAGGAAUGACGUGGCAAAAGCGGUUAUUGUCAAUCCCACUAGCGCACCGGCGGUAACAAAUGGCACCAACGGUAUCACCACCGAUGAUUCGACCCAGAACACAUCGACAACAGGGCCGACUUCGGCACUGGAGAGUCAAGAAAGGGAGUUCAAAGAGCUUGGAUGUGUUGAAAUGAUGGACAGCCUGACGAGGCGGUUGGUCAAAUGGCAGCAAGAAUAUGCUGUAUAGUUUUAUGGGAGGCUGGAAGAAAAGGCUUUACUCAGGGGGAGCAUAUCAUUAUCUCUUUUGUAUUUUGCAUUGGCGGCGUUGGCUGGAGGGUUUGUUUUGUUUGGGUCAGGGGGGUGGGUAAUCUUUUAUUGGCAUAUUUUGGCACUGGUACCGGGCGUAGGCACCACGAGCGCAGAAACCAGUCACUGAUGGCGCAGGAAACUUUUUGGUCAUCUUUACAUUCUCGAAAAGCAGAGCUUUGCUGUUCUCAUUUGUUUUCUCUGCUCAACUACUUCGGCAGGACACUUUAGCAAUACCCCUUGCUGCGGACAUCUUGGAUUCUUUGAGGGAGGUCGGCUGGGUGGGUUUUUUUUUUUUUGGUUUUGGGAAAGGACUGUGUAUCUAGGGUGGUGGUUCAUAGUGUACAAAAGAAGUUUCGAGGAAGAA